AUGGCGGCGCCCGUGCUGCUGAGAGUGUCGGUGCCGCGGUGGGAGCGGGCGGCCCGGUACGCAGUGUGCGCCGCCGGGAUCCUGCUCUCCAUCUACGCCUACCACGUGGAGCGCGAGAAGGAGCGGGACCCGGAGCACCGGGCCCUGUGCGACCUGGGGCCCUGGGUGAAGUGCUCCGCCGCGCUGGCCUCCAGGUGGGGUCGAGGAUUUGGUCUUUUGGGUUCCAUUUUUGGAAAGGAUGGUGUAUUAAACCAGCCAAACAGUGUCUUCGGACUUAUAUUUUAUAUACUACAAUUAUUACUUGGCAUGACAGCAAGCGCAGUCGCAGCUUUGAUCCUUAUGACGUCUUCCAUCGCGUCUGUCGUGGGGUCUCUGUACCUGGCCUACAUUCUCUACUUUGUGCUCAAGGAGUUUUGCCUCAUCUGCGUCAUCACGUACGCGCUGAACUUCGUUCUUCUUAUCGUCAACUACAAACGACUAGUUUACUUGAAUGAGGCCUGGAAACGGCAGCUGCAGCCCAAGCAGGACUGACGGCCCGAUGGACUCCUGACUGACAGUCUCAAGUCCCUUUCCCGUUAAGUUUAUUUUGCAGUUUUUUUUUUUUUUUUUAAUUUUU